UAAGUAGAAUUCCUUGUUAAUAUUUUUUGGAAUGCCAAAUUGUGAACUAUUCCUUCAAUCAUAACGUGUACCUUUGGCCGCGCAGCUUCUUCCAAUGUAAGAACUCUUCAAAACUGCAACUAACUCUACCGUAAGAUGGAUUGGCUUAGAAGCAGCUUUUCUAGGAGUUCAAGGAAUAGCAAAACCCCAAAUACCCAAACACAGUCUAACUCCAAACUGCAGGAUCAACAACGAGAAGAAAGCGUAUAUGGGAUUACCGAGGAACUCAUCAACCACGUCAAGUCCUUCACCGUCGACACAUUUAAGAAUUUCCCUCUCAAAGAUGAAGAUGAAGGCAGUUAUUGGGAAGAAACUGAAUCUUCUUCAAGCAAAAUUCGAAAGGAUCUCUCCGAUUGGCAAGAGAGACAUGCAAUCCUCGUUCUAUCAAGAGUCAAGGUUUGUCUUUAACUAUUCUUGUUUAUU